GCAGGGUAAUUGUGCAGCUUUGAGCGUCUCUCUGGACGCCGUUCUCCUGUUCACCACUAGUGGCCGCUAUGUUCCGCUCACCGCGAAGCAAGCUGUAUGGAUACAGAUUUCUUUGGCUUCAAAGACGCUCAUAUCAUACUCCAGAAGCCACCAACAGUAUCGCUUUUUUAUAACUAGAAAACAGGAUCGUUUUUCAGGGGGCGUCAACACACCGCGGCACUUAUUUUUCCGUAUACACGUUUAGAUAUGGUUCGUUCAGCAACACAACAAAAGCCGAUCGCGUGUGCUUGAAGCGGACCGGAUGCAGAUUGCUCAACGGGCUUGAUCUAUCACAUAAAUAACAACUCUUGUGUCAAUCCUGUCAUCACAAUUUUUCCCAGGCGUCACUAUGGGGGUUAGCGUAAAAACGUACAUCAGCAUCGGCUAUGCGUCGUUCGGGAUGCUUAUGGGGUUCUCCGCCUUUCUGGUCUGGAACAUCGCGUACAGACAGCCGUGGACGGCCGCGAUGGGAGGGCUGUCAGGUGUGCUGGCCCUCUGGGCUCUGGUCACCCACAUCAUGUACCUACAGGGCUACUGGCAGACCUGGCUGAAGGGGCUCCGGUUCUUCCUCUCCAUGGGAUUGUUCUUCUCCCUGCUGUCUCUGACCGCCUUCAUCGCCUUCCUCUCUGUCGCCGUCUCGAAGAAGCAGUCCCUGAGCGACCCCAACAGUCUCUACCUGUCGGCAGUCUGGAGCAUCAUGAGCCUGAAGUGGUCGAUUGUGCUAUCGCUCCACGCCCACCGCUACCGCAAGGAGUUUGCAGACAUCAGUAUCCUCAGCGACUUCUGAUCUCCCACGCAGAACGUCUGGCCAGGGGACUCAGUGGAUUUGAUCUCUUAUGACAGACUGGUUUCAGACAGUGGCUUUGUAAACCCGACGGUUUAGAAGUUAGGUGUACUGGGAGUUCAGGGUUGUGUGGAUAGUAAACACAGGGAGCAUUGUGGGGUUAGUAUACUUCAAGGUAGCCAGCGGUGGUCUUGAAUUCUGCUGUGUAACCUUGGUAAAUACCAUACCAUUUUUAAAUUCGGCUGGUGUGCCCAUGCCCAAAGACAUUGCUAUGUUUUAAAAAUUUCACAGGUUUGUAACGUGUUUAUGAGACAAGCCUGAAAUCGAUUUAAUGAUUAAUAGAUUACAUGUUUAAUUAAUGGUAUCAUCUGAACCCCAUCCCGUCUGGUUGUUGUAUUUAUCUAUAGUUUUAAUCAACGCAGUACCCCUUUCCUGCCACAAGAGGGUAUUCACGUACCACCAAUUGUGUAAGCAUCCUCGUCUGUAAAACCCCAGUUAUUUCAGUGGAUGAUUUUAACUUGAUGUCCAAUACCAAUAUCGUUUAAUAAUUAGUCUUUCAAGUGCACACAUGUAUCUAGCAUUGGAUCUAUAUAUUCAAACAUACAACAUAGUUGAAUCAAAACAAAACACAAUUUUAAUUCGAUUCCACACAAUAUCGUGUCUCAGGAGUACACAAACAAUAGCUAAUUAAGAUAUAUAAAUGUUAGUGCGAACAAGACUGGAUUCAUUCACACUUUAAUGUAAAACCUUUGUGUCUAUUUUUAUUUAUUGAUCUUACUUGAAAGUCAUUUUCCUGAUCAGGGAUCUAUUUUGUAGCAUUUGCGUCACUUUGACAUAAACCUAACCAAAAUGAAACAAUUAUCGAUGAAGCUUUUGUUUCGGCACUCAAUUAUUGUACAUUCAAUGAAAUGCAUGCAAGUAAUUAUGAUUUUUAUUUACCAAAUGCUAUUAUUAUCAUUCUAAUAGCAAAUUAUUAUUUUGUUGCCUAAGGGGAAUAUAUUAUAGGCAUAUUUUUCCUUCAUCAAUGUUUGUCUGUGUGUACUACCUUAUCUUUAUACACCAUGUCAAAGUAAUCAUCAUUGUGUCGAUUCUCUAACAGUUCGGAUGUGUGGAUGUAGGGAUGUACCUGUACAGCUCCCCGUGCUUUGAGUCACUUUAAUAAAGUAUCUUUUUUAACAGCCAUGCAUAUGUUCUUAGUCAUUUACAAAACAAAUGUCCAAUUAAGAUGUACUUAUAUGGACACAAAGGCAAUGCUUACGCUACAGCCACAAUAUAUUCAGAUCUAGACUUUCUUAGUAUUUUUCAAUUGAUUUUAAAACAAGAUGACAGCAUAGAAAACAGACCUAGAAUGUGAUCUUAUUUCCUUCAAACAUUUGAAAAGCAUAAUUCCCUUACUAAACGCCCAUCAUCACAGCAUCAUAGAUUGGAUGUUUGCGUUCCCAUACAAUAUUUUCUAUCGUAAGCCUGGAUCCAGAUCGUCAAUGUUGAGUAUUAGUGUGACAUUUGGGAACACAAGGCAGCUGAAGCCACAUUCCCACCCACCCAAGCCACAUUCAUGAAAGAGAAGGCCCCAGAGCAUGGCAAUCCUAACAGUAAAUGCUGGGCAAUAACCUGCACUUUGAAGCCAGGCAAUUAUUCAAUUUACAUUUCCUCCAAAGCCCAAAUCAUACCCAAAACCAUUCUUUUGGGGGUAGGCUGGGGUUAUGAUUUCAUGUAUGAUUUUUUUUUAAGGCGGCCCUGGACAGAGAAUGACUUUGAUGUCCAAAGUUGUGAAAAUCAUAUGGACAGAAUUAUGUAUGCACGCAUCAAUGUUCGGUUCAAGUCAGAUCUUCAAGUGAAUGUCGGUGAAUAAAUACGAUGAUAUAAA